AUGGCGCUUUCUCAUGCCGAAUCGAGCCAGGCCUUGGACCUCCGCGUCGAAGACUACCUGGACGACAAGCUUCAGUCAAUCGCUGAUCUGGACACGCUUGAUGAACUGCUUGUCAAUGUCGAAACACAGCGGAACCAGCUCCAGUCCCAGCUCGAUGACGCUGUCAAGGAGCUCGAAAAGGCCCGUCGCACCACCGAGGGCCGGAACGAAUCGCUGCAACGUCAGAUCGACGAAUUCAGCGAGCUGCAGACGAGCAUCGACACCCGAGUCAAGAUCGCCGCUGCGUCAGAUGCACCCAGUGAGGCCAUUGCUCGCCUGCAACGGCCCAUGAAGAAGCUCCAGCACGUCGAAUUGGCGCAGAAAUAUCUGAUGCUGGUACAGGACGUAGAAAGGCUUCGCGUUGAGGCUCGGUCGCACCUGCCAGACAGCCCUAAAGCCGCCCUCGAACCCUACGCAAAAUUGAAACAGCUGGCGCUGAAGCUGAGGUCCUUGUCGGGCAAUGAGGAGCUUCACUUGGUUGACCACGUCCAGGCCGUGACCGAGUCUUUGUGGAACGAGAUGAAGGAAACAAUGUCGGCAGAGUUGGAGGGCGUUUUGGAGAGGCGGCACUGGCCAAGAGUCGAUCCCCAGGCCGAAAUGGACGACGAGUGGAUUGCCUGCGUCGAGAAACUCCUCGACCUGCAGAUGUCUGAAAUUGUCCACAGUAGCAGCGCCGUGCCUCUUCUGCCGUUUGAUGUCAUGGCCGCCAUUUUUGCCGCGGAAUUCCGGUUCCAUUUCAUGACCGACAAGCCCACCAGCAGCCCGCAGUCCAUCGGCACGCACUGUUUCCCUUGGUUCCUGAACCUGAUUGAGAAAUGGGACGGCUUUUUCCGCGACAACCUAGGUCACCUUCUUGCCACCAAGUUUCAUGAAACUCCCGUGGCUGAAAGGACUGUGUACCUGGACCCAGUGUGUGCUCUCAUCACCGCUAUGCUCCCCGUAAUGAGGGAAAAGGUUCAGGCGGUUGCCAACGAAGCCAUCAAGAACCCCCCUUUUCUGAGCUCAUUCAUGUCGCAGCUGAUGACUUUUGAUGAAAACAUUCGGCUCAGGUUCAACUAUGACGGUGGUGAUGACGACAGAGGAUGGCAUGGUCUGACUGGAGAAAUCUUGGAGGACCACUUUGACACAUGGUUCAAGGGUGAAAGAGAGUUCGCGAUGGCGCGUUUUGAAAAGAUUAUAGAGUCAGCUGAUGGCCGCAAAAUCGACUACGACUACUCUGUCGCAGGCAAGAUGAAACCCACGUUUGCUGCCGUUCGUAUAACUGAUCUCUUGAGAGUUGUCACCGGGAGAUACGAACGGUUACGCCGACUGAAACAUAAAACCAAGUUCCUUACAGAUAUCCAGCUGGACAUUUUGGAUGGGUACCAUGAUCGCCUGAGAGGGUCUCUGGAAGCGUACCAGUCCAUCACAUCGACACUGGGCCGCACGCUUCACGGCGCCUCCAAGGAGCAAGUUGCAGCUCUGGAGGGGACGGGCGCACUGGAGACGCUGUGCAAGGUUAUUGGCAGCUCUGAUCAUAUCGCUAAUACUCUGACGGAAUGGAGCGACGAAGAGUUCUUCGUCGUGCUAUGGGAAGACCUCCAAGCACGGGACGCCCAGCGAAGCAAGCGAAACAGCGCCGCAAGUGGUAUCGAGCCGGGCGGCAUCUUGGGCCGCGUGCCCAGCAACGUCGGCGACGGCAGCAACAGUGACAGCGGCAUAUUUGACGAGACAGUUUCCGCCUACUCGUCACGCCGCAACGUGGCAGAGCAACUCCUGGUCAAUGCGCUAGCAGACUCUCAUGCCAAGUCGUUCCGUGCCUACGUCAACAAAGUCCAAUGGACCACGGUUGGGGACGCCGCAGCCUUGGAUGAACCGUGGCAGUUCUCUAUCACGCCGGAACUGGACGAGCCGCUGCGCAUUCUACAGCGCAACUUUGAUUUCCUCACCAGAGCCUUGUCAACAGCCUCCUUCCGCCGCGUGUGGCACGACGCCCUGGACAAGCUCCAGGACCUCCUCUGGACCAGUGUCCUCCUCAAGCAGUCAUUCACCACCCUUGGCGCCGCACAAUUCGCCCACGACGGAGGUGCCCUGUUCUCUCUUGUGGAACGCUUCAUCCCUGGCGGCUCGGGUGCGCUGGACUCGCUCCGCGAGGGGAUGCAGUUGCUGAACUUGCCCACGGCGGCGCCCGCCGACAACACAGGCGGCAGCGUGACGCGGCUCACGCUGAAGGAGGCCAGCGACCGGGUGUUUACCGACAACGAUGAAGCGCGUAAAGCACUGGACGAGCUGGGCCUCCGCGUCUUGACGCCCGUGAAUGCGAGAUACAUCCUGCAACGGAGGGUAGAGAAUAACGAGAAUAUCGGAUGGUAG